AAAGUCUAAUAAAAUUGUGUAUUUAAGUUAAUAAUGGUAGAGAUCCAACUGGACGAAAUGAUCAGAAUUCUCUCUGCUAAUUUAGGAGAAGUGUUACACAUGUAUUUACUUUGUUUGCUUUGUCAAAGAUUGAUUGAUUACAGCAGUGGAGUUCGAGAAGCAAUUUAUAACUGCGACUGGUAUAAAAUGUCAAUCAAAUCGAGAUAUCUGGUAAGAUUUACAUUAUUGCGAACUACUAAGCCGUGCCAAAUAAAAGCUGGUAAGAUGUUCUUAAUGUCUAUGGAGAAUUUUAGCUCGAUAUUACAAGUAUCUUUAUCGUACUUCACGAUGCUUACGUCAUUACAAUAAGAAUUGUAAUUGGAAGUAUAUUAUAAUGGCAUUGUAAAUC